AUGCUUCAACAACGACAACAGGCACGGAUUGUUAGUCGGGAGCAACAACAACAACAACAAAUAGGAAAUCCUAUUCAGCCCUCAGCUGAUGAUAUUAAAUUGCGUCAACAACAUGAGAUGGAAUUAUUAUCUCUUCAACAUGAAAUUCGGAGUAAAAAUACCAAGAUUAAACAACUUCAAUCUAAAUACGAUCAGUUGGAAAAUAAUUUCAAAUUUAUUUUGGAUAAUCAUAAGGAAUUAAUUAAUCGUUUAGGAGAGUUGGAACGAGAUUUAAAGGACGAAAGAGAACGCUCAUCAGAGCUCCAAAACAAAAUUCAACUUCAACAAAUUGAAAUUACAAAAUUAUCAGACAGCGAGGAAAAGAAUAAGAAACUAAGACAAGAAAUUGAAUCACUAAGGAAGGUCAACAAAAACCUUCAAGAUACAUUGUUGGAUACAGAAAAGUUAAAGGAAAAGAAACAAAACAAAAAAUAUGAAACUUUGAUUGAACAAUUAAAACAAGAAAUCAAACAAUGGAAUGAUAAAUUUUCAGAGCAACACGUAAAGUAUACAAAAAUUGUUGCCAAGUAUAAAAAUCAAGAAACUCAGCUGGAGACAAUGAUGGAGAAAAAGGAAAAGAAAUCAGUUCCAACCCAAACUAACUCCAUAUUAACAAUAUCGGCAGAAGUUCAAACACUCAUAGAAAAGAAACCUGCUAGUUAUGCUCAAUCUGUUCAAGUAAAUAUUGAACCAGAAGUGAAACGAGAAGUGAAACCUCCACCUCCAAUUAUGGAUUGGAAACCACCUGUUCAAAUCUAUAAGGAAAUUGAACCUUUUGUCGAUGUUGUAAAAAGUAAUUACAAACCUGAAGUUAUCAUUAUUGAAAAACCAACUCUAAGAAAACCACCAAUUAUCGAAAAACCUAUAUAUGAAGAGUUGGUACUUCCUAAACAAGAACCACCAAAGGAAAAGCCCCAAACAAAGCCAGAGCCAAAAUAUAUUCCAGAAGAUGAAGGAGAUAGAAUGGUUACAAUUUUACACAAAGAUUUACCUCAACCUAGAGAAAUUAAGGUAAACUUUGUUCAAACCCAUUCUGAAAAUCAAUGUCAAUUCAAGUUAUUCAACACUAGGCCAAAUAUGACUCACUUUUCCAAGGAGUGGAGCAAUCUUCCAUUCUUCUUGUCAGUUGAUUUCUUCAAGCAUGAAACACAAUUAUCAGGAAUGACAUACGGUAUAACUAAUGAGCUUGCGUUUGAAAAGUUAUUCGAAUUUGAAAACAACACACUAUUUAUGUACUAUAUUGCUAAUGGUUAUAUAUUGGUGCAAUUAACAAUUGCUCACUCAAUAGAUAAUUGCGAAGUUGUUGGGCAAGUUGAGAUUCCUUUAGCCGGAUUUAUAAAGGAUGGCAAAAGCAAUGUUAUUAAGGGAACUGCCAAUAUAAUUGGAAAGGCCAACAAGACAAUAAUGGCAACAAUUGAUUAUGAAAUACGUUUGAAAGAUCCAAUCGCUAACGUUAUUGCGAAUUUUAAAUCAGAAAAUGUGCUAUCACUAUUCUCAGAUCAAUAUCUUCCAUCUCAACCAAUUACUGACCACACAAAUAAUAAUAGAUACUCACAAUACGAUACCCAAGCAACUACAAUAGAGAGUACAGAUUUUGAUAAUGGACAAACCUCUUACCUUGAUGAAGAAUUACUAAAUCAACAAAUGGGAACAGGGGAAUCAUUUUAA